AUGGUUGCCUCCUCGACCGUCCCUUCUGUAGCCUCUAUUUUUGUACCUGAGUCUCUUCGUAAGAAGACUAAGACUCAGGAGCAAGCUCGUGAACAGCGCGUUGCUGCUGCUGCUGAGAAGAAAUCCGCUGCUCAAAAGAAGCGUGAACUUAUUGCUAAGCGUGCUGAAGCUUAUGAAACUGAAUAUCGUGCUGCUGAGCGUGAGCAAAUAGAUCUCGCUCGUAAGGCUCGUGCCGAGGGCAACUUCUAUGUUGCUGAAGAGCCUAAAUUGAUCUUCGUUGUCCGUAUCCGUGGUAUCAACAACAUUCCCCCCAAGGCCCGUAAGAUUAUGCAGCUCUUGCGUCUCUUGCAAAUCAACAAUGGUGUUUUCGUAAAGUUUAACAAGGCUACCAAGGAAAUGCUCCAAGUUGUUGAACCUUAUGUCACUUAUGGUGUUCCCAACCGUAAAGCUGUCCGUGACUUGAUCUACAAGCGCGGAUUCGGAAAGAUCAAUAAGCAACGUAUUUCUCUUGCCGACAACUCCAUGAUUGAAGCCAACUUGGGCAAGUACUCAAUCUUGUCUGUUGAAGACUUGAUUCAUGAAAUUUACACUGUUGGUCCCAACUUCAAGCAAGCUGCCAACUUCAUCUGGCCUUUCAAGCUCUCCUCUCCUUUGGGUGGUUUCAGAGAACGCAAGUUCACCCACUUCAUUGAGGGCGGUGAUGCUGGUAAACGUGAUGAACACAUUAACGGCUUAUUGAAGCAAAUGGUUUAA